GCAGGAGGAGGAGGAGCUGCGCAGACAGCUGAAGUACCCGGAUGAUUCACAGGAAGAGCUGCGCAGACGUGCAGUAGAAACACAAACACACAUCAGCCGACAGUCAAGAGCGCGGUUGCCCGUCCAUCCGAAUUCAAAGCACCUGCCCGAUCAAUCUCGGCCGAGCGAGAGCACUGUUGAGUGGCUGAGAGGCCUGCGGGGGUUCAAGUGGAUCUUCAUGCUCUCAGUCAGCUGGACCUUAUGGACGACGGACAGUGGCAGAGCGAUGGCCCAGUGAGGCGGGGAGGACUAUCCGACCCCGACCUCCUAAAUGACUCUGAGUCCAGCCGCAGCCCGGACGAGAACCAGAACCGACUGGUGGAGGAAGCAGAGGAGGUCGAACAGGGGCCCCGUGGUGGACAGAAGCCCGUCAGACAGGAAAAUACUAAUAACAAUGGUGAUGAUGAAGAUUAUGACAGCUCCAAGGUGGAGGAAGAGGAAGAAGAGGAGGAAGAGGUGGAUAGUAACAGUGGUGCUUACUCUCCAGAGCUGGAUGGACACAUCCGAGACUCCCCAACACCCAGUCCCAGUCCCACAGUGUCAGAGGGGCUUGUCAGUCCUGAAGGAACCCCUCAUAGCGAUGCUGGUUCACCCCAGGGCUUCGGCCGCCCCUUGGCGGCAUCUCUCCAGGAGCUGGGGGAGCAGGGAGACCACCCUCUUCUGCCACACUGCCUCCAUCAGAUUGCAGAGUCAUUUAUGCAUGAGGAGGACUAUGAGAGAGCAGUCAGGUUCAUACAGUUAGAGAGACUCUAUCAUGAACGUCUACUGUCCAACCUCGCCGCUCUACAGCAGCAGUGGGAGAGGAGAUGGAGUUCGGUUGGCCGGUGUCAGGACAGUCGAGAGGACAGAGAGAGUGACCUGGAUGCUGAACACCUGGAGAAACUGAGACACAUCUGCAGAACGCACAGGCAACCUGCACAGAGCAUUGAGAAGUGUGAGGUGUCCAAAGUGCAAAGGAACAGUGUGAUCAGAGAAACACUGGGAGGAGAGCAAAACCUGAACACUCAAGUGCUUUCAUGCAGCUCAGGGAAGGUUAUGGAGGAUCAGAGUACUUAUGAGGCACAACAGGAAGUCAUCCAGCUUGAAGAUUAUAGCAGCACUGCCUCACAAUCCCACCAGAGCGAACAGCAGCAUGACCCCUCCCCCUCCUCGGACACACCCUCUUCCUUCUCCUCAGCAGUGACCGACAGCUCCUCCUCUCCAGCCUGUGAGGAUGCAGGAGCAGAAGAGGAGAGCGUAAGGGUGGCAGCUUCCCACAGGGAUGCAGCACCAGAGCCUGAGUCACCUAUGGACGCUGCUCAAAAAGGCAACGUGGAGGCCCAGCCUCCUCAGACGGAAACUAUUGGCCCAGGACUGGUGAUGGAAGGAACGGGGGACACUGUAGAUACGGGGCAGGAUGUGGUGGAGGCCGUACCACACGCUAAGCAGGAAGAUAGAGGGGAGAUAGAAGAGGCUCUAAAGCUGGAGGAAGGAGGAGAAGAUCAUCAACCUCAGGAGCAGGAAAUUCCUGGGAAUACAACAGAGUUGGAGCUAGAGGAGAAUGGGAAUGGGGUGGAGUUGCUGGAUAUUUUGAACGUGUCCAUGCUGGAUGACAUGGCUAAGCGCAUAAAGGUGGAAGAGAUCACUCCAGCUGCUGGUCUUGUGUCUAUCUUAAAGAGAAGAGUCUCUCUGGAAGGAGCAAACAGCUCUACCCCUGCUCCCCCUAAACCCGUCGCUAAAAGGAAGGUCCGUUUCCGAGAACCUGACGAAGGCCUGGAUCACGAUGAGGUAGGCGGGGACUCCUGGCUGCUCCUCCUCUUGUUGUGCUUGGCUACCGUGGUGAUCAGCGUGGGCGGGACUGCUCUCUACUGCACCUUCGGAGACGCCCAAUCCAGUGUGUGCACAGACUUUUCUCAUAACGUGGACUUCUACAUCGGACGGGUGCAGAGGGGAAUGGACGAGCUCAAACACUGGCUGUCCCCGAGCUCAUAGCAGGACAAUGAAGUGCAGUAUGAGUCAUUUUCUGCCUCCGCUUCUUCUCGGUAGCCUCGUGAUCUUUGAUGCUGAGAAAUCCUCAUAAAUAGGCCUUUGCUGGGUCGCACUGACACGGAAGAAGCCCAAAGGAGCCCGUCUGUCAGGUCCUAAAGGGGACGCCUGGCCCCUGGAAGACACAGGAAACCACUCUGGCCAGUUUUUGACUCAAGUAGCCCACUGUUUACUGCCAUCAACUGAACCUCAUAUGAAGAGACUUAAUUUUUAAAGUCUUAAAUCUCAAAUCGUAAUAUUUAGUUGUCUUUUCUUAAUUCAAAAAGUGAAUGAUCAUCAUGGUACUGAAGAUAUAGUAAUGGACAUAUCCAUCUGUAGCCUGGACGUAGCAUUCUCCUGUGGUGGGCUUGGAUGGUCUUGUGUUUAUAGGGACAAGAAAGCAAUACAUGUAUAUUGAGGAAUUAUAGAUAUAGAUACUAUAUAUAGAUACAGUCAGCAAGGAGGCAUAUCCCAGUUACUAUAGUUACCCAGUAAUUAUUAUAGAAAUACAAAGAGAAUUUUCAGGUAGAUUUGUCAAUAUUUUGAUCAUUAUUAACACAGCAUAUAUAUAUAUAUUUAUUAUUUAAUUAAAAUUGAUUAUUAAUUAAUAAUCAAUAGAUUUUUUUUUAGUUCAGUCUGAUAUUUGAAACUAGCAGUGUCAAACGCAAACCCUCAGACAGAAUUUACUUUGCAUAUAUUUUUUUAAAUAU